GGAUCGGUGUCAACUCCCGAAGCGCGGCGCGGUCGGGCUUCUUCGGGAGCAGAAGCGAAAAUGGCCGAGGGGACGCGAACGGCGCGGAGCGGAGAGGCUGCCGGGAUCGCGGCGGACUCGGCGGGUGGGGCCGAGGGGCAAGAUGGCGACCGGGCGGCGAGGGAGAGCGUCCUCCACGGUGCUCUCGUCCGUGCCUCUUCAGAUGCUGCUUUAUGUAAGCGGAACAUAUUAUGCCCUUUAUUUCCUAGCCAUGCUCCUGAUGACCAUAUAUAAAAGUCAGGCUCUCAGUUACCCUCAUGAUUACCUGGUCCUCGACCUGACUCUGCUGUUUCUGAUGGGGAUUCUGGAAGCGAUUCGGUUGUACUUGGGCACCAAGGGCAACCUGACAGAGGCCGAGGUGCUGCUGGCCGCCAGCCUGGUCCUCACGGCAGCUGGCAGCCUGUUGUCCACAUAUUUCCUGCUCUGGCAGACCGUGGUGCUGUGGGCAGAUUCGGUGCUCAGCGCCAUGCUCCUGGCGCUCCAUGGCCUUGAGGCUGUCUUGCAGGUGGUGGCCAUUGCCGCCUUCGUCAGCUAGAUGGGUGGUGCCCAGCCGCCUCCCCACGUCACUGUCCCUGUUACAGAAUGGAAAGGCAUUUUCCUGCUGGUUUGCCAUGGUGUUUCAGGGCUGGGCAGUUUGCAGUGGCUUGAGGGUUUUUGGAGGGGGUGGGGUCAGAAACAAGGUAUGGGGCCAGGUGUUGGGGACAGCUGUGGGAGGGGUCCAGAAGUGCCCCGGGUGAUGGUCGUGGUGGCAUAGGAACAUGUGCUCAGUCCCCAAUUUUGGCUGGUGAGGGUUUUAGUUCAGCAGCUACCCUGACCCUGAGGCCCAGAGUGGACACAGCUCUUUGAAAAGGGGGCAGCCAGGCUGUUGCCACAAACCUCAUAGAACCACCCAUGCCAGCAGCGGCCUGGGACGCCACCGUGUCACCUCGUUGGAGAAGCUUUUCCCAGUGUCCGUGGCCCAGUCCCUCUGGGUGUGCCUGGGGUGCUUGGUCUCCGUGGAGCAGGCCGGGAUGGCACAAGUUCUCAUGGUGAUGGGGUGCCACAUCCUCUCCUCACCAGUCCACACCACGGAGCCUGGAGCUAGGGACCAGGGAUCCCGGGCUUUGCAGCAGGCUGAGUGCCGGGAGGAAGUCGGUGCAGAGAGCCUGUGAGCCCUGGGUUGGAAGGUCUCAGCCAUAGCUCCCUUCCUCUUGCGGAUCCUGAAGAAAGGUGGUCUGGGACCCCCAGGCACUGAGGGGAGGGAGGGUGGCAGGAAGGGAUGUGGAGAACAACCAGGGGCCCCGGGCAGGCAUGACCGGAGAGCCGCUCCAUUCAUUGCUCAGAGGCCGAGCCUGUGUGGCCAGACGUCAGCAGCACCAGCUUCCUGUGCUGGAUGAGACCCAUCCACUGGUCUGAGUGCUCUUUGAAGGUUCCAGGCUGGUAUUUUCUAAUGACUUCAUUUGUUUCUCUUGCACAUUUGCUGUGUUGGAAUAACAUGUUUGAAUGUCUAGGUGUUUUCUCACAAUAUUCUUAAAAUAAAGAAAUGUUUGUACUUA